AUGGACUCUCUGCCCAUCGAGCUCCUCCAGUUGAUACUAGAGUACUGCGAUCCUGCCUCAGUGCGGGCUCUCCGCCUCGUCACACCCACACUUGCCGACGUAGGCUAUGCAUACCUGCUCCCGCCGACCUUCACAGCCCUCCCAUGGCGCGACGAUUUGGCCCGCCUGCGGGCCAUUGCCAGCCACGAUCGCCUGCAUACUAGCAUCAAGGAGAUCACCUUCAACUUCACCGACAUUCAUCUCGACAACGCUCGCCACGCCGCUUACUACCAGAACUACCUGCUCGAGCCCGAGCGCCAGACCGCUCUGCUCACACACACGUGGAAGACGUACGAGCAGUUCGAGAAGCUGCGCCGGACCGUUCCGGGAUUCAACACGUAUGAUGUCACCGACGUGGUCGCCGCCCUGCGGCCCCUAAUCAACCUGCGCCACCUGGCCGUCACCUUCCGGCGCUCGCCCUACGACCUGGAGGUCUUGCACCGUGCCCUCACCGUGCCAGAAUGCUGCAAGAUGGACCACGCCUCGGCUUGCAAGACGCUCAACACGCUGCUCUCGGCCCUUCAGCAGGCCACGGCCGCACACAAAGCCGACAAGGCCGCCGCUGGCAGUGACAGCCCGGGACUAAGCACCUUUGCCGUCGAUCGGCUGCCGCUCGAGAUGUUCCGGCAAUCGUCCGACCGCCGACUGUGGUUCCAGUGUGGCGGCAUGUUUGCGGGCCUGAAACGACUCGACCUCGCCCUCGACACAAGUAACGCCACCUACCCUUCGGCCCGCUUCAAGGCUGUCAACGGUCUGGGCUACGUGCUGCGCCUGGCUCCACAACUGACACAUCUGUCCCUGGCAUUCCACAACUACGUCCGUCCACGCGACAAGUUCAUCCUCUCCUUCCUCGAGCUGCUCGGCGAAAGUAGCUUCAGUCUUGGGAGCUAUCCCGGCAGGGAUGCCUCACCCCACCGAGGCUGUGCUGGCGCCCCGCGGACCCGCUUCUCCUAUGCUGGCCUGACCGACCUCAAGCUCGAGGGCAUCGCCUGCGACGAGCGCGAGCUCUGCGUCUUCCUGCUCCGCCACGCCGCCACGCUGGAGCGGCUGCGUCUGGGUGGCCGCGGCAUGGCUCGGACAGCGUACGAGCCGCCCAGCGGCGGUAUCUCGCUCUUUAACGGCAACUUCCGGUCCCUGUUCCGCCGACUGCGUGGCCGCAUGUCACGGCUGCAGCGGCUACACCUCGAGGGCGACUUUGAGUGCGAGACGAUCCUAUCGCACACGGCCGGAAGCCCGACUGGCAGCAGCAACAGCAGCAGCGAUGAAGAAGCCAACGGAACCGGCGAACCGGGCGGAGGUGCAGCUGCCGGUAACAAUACCGACGGGGGCCUGGGCGGCUACAUGACCGGAAAUGCACGAUACGAGCGCUACCUGUUCUAUGCCACCACCGACGACAACUGGGCGCCGACGCCUCCGCCGACUCGCCAGACCACAAAUGGAUUCCGGAACUCGGCAAAUUUUGAGCAGUAUGUCCUCGGUGUCACAGACACGUAUCCAGAUCUCAGCGAAUGA